AUGGAAGCAUUUACCUUUGCUGUUUCCACCCAGGUGGGCUUUCCAGUCUACAUCAAGAUUGGCUCCUUGGAAGGGAAGCAGAAGCAAACCCCAUUCUCCGUUCUUCUCAAGAACCCAGAACUACGUCAUGUCGGAUCCGCUCAGAACCCUGCCUCGGAUCUGUUUGUGACCGCCCAGCUGUGGGCGGACUCAAAGCCCCUCGGUGUACCUUUGCAGACCUCAUACAAAGCAUUCAAGACCAUCCGACAGUGGAAUGAAUGGUUGCAGAUGCCCAUGUCCAUUCAGGAUGCACCUCUUAAUUCUCAAUUGGCGAUCACGAUCUGGGAUUUGUCCCCGCUGGCGGGUGAUGGAGUCCAAGGCCACGAUGUGCCAUUCGGCGGAACAACGAUCCCACUUUUCAACCAUGAGGGCAAGUUACGAAUGGGACGGCAAAAGUGCAAGGUGUAUCGUCAUAAAGCUGCCGAUGGUUUCUCGUCGACAACCACCCCAUCGACUCCACCGCCGAAGCGACGGAGACCCAAUUCCCGCGAUCCUCUGGGCCCGUCAUUGGAAGAAUCGGAAUUGGAGCGAGUCGAGGUCUUGAUCAAGAAGCAUGAAAUGGGCGAAAUUACCCGGAUUGACUGGAUGGAUCAGAUGGUGUUCCGCCAGUUGGAGAAGCUGAAGCUGAAUGCCGAAGAAGCGGCUCGCAAACGCGCUUUGCGCCUGAAGACAUCGGACCAGGAGACUCCCGAUGAGGACGAGAGCUCGGACGAAGAAGGUCUGGAUGAUGAGAAUUUUGUGCUCUAUGUGGAAUUUCCACGCUUUGAUCAUCCGAUCGUCUGGGCCGACCACCAAUAUCCUCCGCCGCCCAUCUCGUCCUAUCCACAGAAUGUGCCCUCUCAUCCCAAUUCUGCUUUGAAACCAGUCCCAGAAGUCCGAUUCGGCCCUGGAAUCGAGGGAGCUGAUGGCACAGGAGUCAUCCGCAUCUAUGAUCCCGAAGUCGGUCAAGCCGGGAACCCUUGUGAAGACAAGCACCGGCGAUUGAUCCGCAGUCAUAGGACAGGGAUCAUGGACCGGGACCUGAAGCCCAACCAGAAGAACCGUGACGAUCUGAACGUAAUCUUAUCAUACGAACCAACACAGGACCUCACUGCUGAAGAGAAGGACCUUGUGUGGCGAUUCAGAUACUAUUUGACCCGAGAGAAGCGGGCAUUGACGAAGUUCGUCAAAUCGGUCAAUUGGCGAGACGUGGGAGAGUCACGUCAGGCUAUCGAGAUUCUUCCCAAAUGGACGGAGAUUGAUGUCGAUGAUGCCUUGGAGCUCCUGGGGCCCACCUUUGACAACCCGGCGGUUCGUUCGUAUGCCGUGGAAAGACUUCGCAAGGCAGAUGACGAUGAGCUUCUUUUGUAUCUUUUGCAAUUGGUCCAGGCUCUGAAGUACGAGGAGAACUCUGAGACUGAGACUGAAGACGCUGCCUCUGAUUCUUCGCUCGCCAAUUUCCUCAUUACGCGGGCCGCGAAAAACUUCAAACUUGGAAACUACCUGCACUGGUAUCUCAUGGUCGAAUGUGAUGAUGCCGGUCCAGGCACGCUGUCGAGCCAGCGCCGACUCUUCGCGCGGGUUGAAUACUACUUCAUGGCCGAGCUAGAAAAGAUCCAUCCGGAACAUCGCAAGACCCUGUUACGGCAAGGCGAGCUGGUCACGGUUCUCUCGAAGAUUGCCAAAGACAUCCGCUUCGCUCGGGAGAAUCGGGUCGUGAAAAUCGAAAAGCUGAAAAAGUCUCUACGUGAUCCGAAGAAUGAUUUGAUCCAUAUUGACCCUCCCUUGCCUCUCCCCUUGGAUCCCGACGUACCACUGAUGGUCGACGGUAUCCCCCUGUUGUUCAAGGUUGGCGACGAUCUGCGUCAGGAUCAGUUGGUCAUCCAAAUCAUCAUUUUGAUGGACCGUCUGCUGCAAAAGGAAAACCUCGAUCUGAAGCUGACCCCAUAUCGAAUCCUUGCCACUAAUUCGACUGCCGGUGCGGUGCAGUUCAUUCCGUCAACCUCUCUCUCGGCCGCCUCUGCCAAGUACAAAUCCAUCCUGGCUUAUCUGGAAGCCAACAACCCAGACGACAGCGAGCCACUCGGGGUCCGCAAGGAGACCAUGGACACGUAUAUCAAAUCAUGUGCGGGGUAUUGUGUGAUCACUUACCUCCUCGGCGUGGGCGACCGUCACCUCGAGAACCUGCUGCUUGCGCCAGAUGGCCACUUCUUCCACGCUGACUUUGGUUUCAUCCUGGGGCGUGACCCCAAACCCUUCGCUCCAAUGAUGAAGCUCUGCAAGGAGAUGGUUGAGGGCAUGGGUGGUACAACCUCGCCACACUAUCUGCAGUUCAAGCAGUACUGCUACACUGCCUAUACGACUCUGCGCAAAUCCGCCAAUUUGAUUCUCAAUCUGUUUAGUUUGAUGGUUGACGCCAAUAUCCCCGAUAUCCGUGUCGAGCCCGACAAGGCCGUGCUGAAGGUCAAGGAGCGUUUCCAUCUUGAGAUGUCCGAAGAGGAAGCCAUUCGCCAUUUCGAGCAACUCAUCGGCGAUAGCGUCAAUGCCAUCUUUGGUGUUGUGAUUGAUCGCUUGCACGAAUUUGUACAAGGUUGGCGAGCAUAA